UCUCUUUGUUUUAUAUAUAUUAGGCCACAUGUUCGCAGACAUCUCUUGCAUGAUGCUUUGACGCUUUAAAAUUCUGAAGAAACAUCUAUCCCGCCUCCAAAGUUGGCAAAUAGGAACAGGUUGCGCUAUUUUUCAUUACCGCAGUAGAGACAGGCUUUCCUAUUGUUGUUGCCCGAGCAAAUGAAAUGAAAGGGGCGGGUAUGGCUUCUAAGAACUCCACCAAGUUUCGAAUGCCAACAUCGGAGAACUUGCUUCCUAUUCGCCUUGACAUUGAAAUUGAUGGACAUCGUUUAAAGGAUGCAUUUACUUGGAACGUAAAUGAUCCAGAUUCCGAGAUUGCAGUAUUUGCAAGAAGAACUGUCAAAGAUCUGAAAUAUCCUGGGAGUUUUGUAACACCUAUAGUUCAAUCAAUUCAAUCACAGUUAGCAGAGUUCCGAUCAUUUGAAGGACAGGAAAUGAAUACAGGAGAAAAAGUGCUGCCUUUUAAGCUGGACAUAAGAGUGAACAAGACUGUAAUCAAAGAUCAGUUUUUAUGGGAUGUGAAUAACCUUGAGAGUGAUCCAGAGGAGUUUGCAAGGGUCUUCUGUAAAGAUCUUGAAAUUGAGGAUCCUGAAGUUGGACCUGCAAUUGCAGUUGCAAUUCGAGAGCAACUUUAUGAGAUUGCAAUACAAAAUGUAACUUCAGGAAGAGAGACAAGAGUAAGCAAGAAAUCUCGUCGAGACCGGGGGGUUGAUUACCCUUCUACAAGUAAAGUUGGUGGGAUUGCUUUGGAUUAUAUGAAGCGGCUUGGUAACAAAAUAAGCAUUUUGAGGAGGAGAAAAGAAUGGGACUUCUAUGAGCCUAUUAUUGAUGUUCUCUCAAAUGAAGAAGUCGAAGCACUUGAUGCUAGAGAAGAACGGAAUGCUCGCCUGAAAAGAAAAUUGGAUGACAAAGAUGACGGCUAUUUCACUCGUUAUAUGCGCAUCUAAGUUAUCUAGUAAGCAGAAUAGAUGACAGCUUUUGUUCAUAAGCACUCUAAAUCUUCAAGUAUAAUAAAAUUUAAAUAAUGCGAGUUUAUUGUUAUCUAUCCUACAGACGUCAUAGUACUCUUCUGUAUUCCUAGGAAUGGUACAAAUUCUGUAUUCCUCCAGUGACAAUUCCAUUAAUUACUGUAAAGAAAAAUGUCAUUAUUCCUAAUAUUUGUAUUUCUAAGAUACAAUUUUGUACGUUUUGAAGCUAAGGCUCAAUUAAUUUCAUGCUGCCAGCAUCACUUCUGUUUCC